AUGCCCCUAGUUGUUAAGACAGGUUCUCCAAUGGAUACUGAUAACGAGACGGUACCACGCAAUGAGAGUCUUGAAUCUGAAAGUGCGAGAAGGAUACGAGAAAUAGAAGAGACUGAGAAAAUGAUAGUUGAAGUACUGCGCACUGCUGGACAAGCCAUCAUGGGUUUAGCAUUAAAGGGGCAAGGAGAAACCAAUGAAAAUGCGGCAUCUUCUUCUACUUCAACCGCAGCAGACGGCAAGGCAACUGAAAAGCAGCAGCUUAAAGCUUUUGAAGAAUUGGUUGCAAAAUUGAGAGAUUUGCUUGAUACAAUUCAAUCACGACUGCGUGAACAGUUCCGUGCAAUGCGGUUGUUAGGAAUUACAACCGGCGACAUUCCAUUUCGAGUAGUUACAUAUGGUGAAUCUAAAGAAUACGAAACAUGGAUAAGUGCAGUUAAGAUAAUACGGAAAGAAUUAGAUAGCGUAGUCGAUGUCGAUACUGAUGUUAAGGCCGAGCAGUUCAAGACAGAAUUGACUCCACAACAGAUCAAUGAUAUUAUAACACCUUAUAGAAUAUAA